AUGGACUUGUCAACGGAUGCCACCGAACGCAAGGGUUCUGUGCAUCAUGACACACAUGCUACCCCACCACAGUUCAUCCAAAAGGAGCAUUGGCGCUACCAGAGCAUGCGCAAAGUCGACUUAGAGAAUGACCCAGACAUCUUUGACCUCAGCAAACGUAGCGAGUUCAGCGAAGAUUGGAAAGACAUUUGGCGUCCUGCCGGCAUCAUUCCAGCAGCUCAGAUUGAAGUUGCUUGUAUGGCUUACGCUGGCGGUAAACCAUUAUCAGCACCAGUAGAAGACGCGCAAAUCUUCGAACAUCGUGAUUUCCCCGGUCUCCAAGUCAUCUCAAGACUGCUUCCUCCUGAGACGCAGGUUUUGUUCACAUCAUGCUUGAUGCACAGGGAUCUGGCGGACCCUGGACACAAGAUCAACCUCCAAGCCGAUUUCGAGAUCCCAUAUCCCCCUAAGCCCACGUCCGAGCCCUCGCGAUUUGACAGCAACUUUUUUCUUCGCGAUCGGGCAGCUGAGGCUGACUGUCUUAUACCAAAGUCACCCGACAAGCAAAAGCCAUUAAACAACGAGCAGUUUCUUUACUCAAAACUCCGAUGGCUCACACUCGGCGAACAGUACGACUGGCCGACUCGCAGCUACGCCAAACAUGCUACUCCAUUUCCUGAAGACUUAUCAAGGCUAGUCACUGGUCUUUUUCCUCAUAUCCGGCCCGAGUCUGGCGUAGUGUUAAUGUACUCGGCCAAGGAUUUCAUGCCCGUACAUCGCGAUGUAAGCGAGCAAUGCCAACGUGCACUCGCGAGCUUCAGUGUGGGUUGCGACGGCAUAUUUAUCAUGGCAAAGGGCGAGGAUAAUGGACAAGGAGAAAAUUCUCCGAGGAGCGUCGCUAUUCGCGUCCAUAGCGGCGACGUCGUGCACUUGACAGGCGAUGCACGGUGGGCUUGGCAUGCAAUGGCUCGCUGUAUACCAAGCACAUGUCCGCCUCAUCUUGCCAGUUGGCCAGUCGGCACUCCUGGAGCAACUUCAGCGGAAGAGAAAGCUUACAAGAAAUGGAAGGGUUACAUGAGCACCAAGCGCAUCAAUGUCAGUUGUCGUCAGGUGUGGGAUUAG